GGCGGCGGCGGCGCGGGGCGGCAGGCGGCGGCAGCAUGGUGAAGCUGACGGCGGAGCUGAUCGAGCAGGCGGCGCAGUACACCAACGCCGUGCGGGACCGCGAGCUGGACCUCCGCGGGUACAAAAUUCCUGUCAUUGAAAACCUGGGCGCCACCUUGGACCAGUUUGAUGCUAUUGAUUUUUCCGACAAUGAGAUCCGGAAGCUGGAUGGCUUUCCUCUACUGAGAAGAUUGAAAACGUUGUUAGUGAACAACAACAGAAUAUGCCGUAUAGGUGAGGGGCUUGACCAGGCUCUGCCCUGUCUCACAGAACUCAUUCUCACCAACAACAGCCUUGUGGAGCUGGGCGACCUGGACCCCUUGGCCUCCCUCAGAUCGCUGACGUACCUAAGUAUUCUGCGAAAUCCUGUAACAAACAAGAAGCAUUACAGACUGUAUGUCAUUUACAAAGUUCCACAAGUCAGAGUACUGGAUUUCCAGAAAGUAAAGCUAAAAGAGCGUCAGGAAGCAGAGAAAAUGUUCAAGGGCAAACGGGGUGCACAGCUUGCAAAGGAUAUUGCCAGGAGAAGCAAAACUUUUAAUCCAGGGGCUGGUUUGCCAACUGACAAAAAGAAAGGUGGGCCGUCUCCAGGGGAUGUCGAGGCAAUCAAGAAUGCUAUAGCAAACGCGUCCACCCUGGCCGAAGUGGAGAGGCUCAAAGGGCUGCUGCAGUCCGGGCAGAUCCCUGGCAGAGAACGCAGAUCAGGGCCCGCUGAUGAUGCUGAAGAAGAGAUGGAAGAAGACACGGUCACAAACGGAUCCUGAGCAGUGCGGCGUGGGGGUGAUGACCAGGCUGUCUUCGGCCAGGUCCUGCUUUGUGCACAUGGAAUAAGAACCUUGUUUGUCGGCAGAGUGGAACCCGUCAGCGUGGUUGAGAUGCUUGAAACUGCUGCUGCUGAUUUUGUAAUUAAAUUUGGAAAUCUGAAUGUCGGUUUUCUACGGAUCAUAAAAUAAAGGCCACUGACUGUGCCGAGUA